AUGGCAUUUCGCGGUACUCCUCGUGGCGGACGUGGCGGCGGCUUCGGCGGACGUGGCGGAUUUACUCCUCGUGGAGGACGCGGUGGCAUGGGAGCCUCAUUCGGACCCCCAGACACUGUCAUCGAAAUGGGCAAGUUCGUUCACGACUGCGAAAACGAGAUGUUCUGCGAAUCGAUAAACACAAAGAUCCCAUACUUCAACGCGCCCAUCUAUCUCGAGAACAAGACGCCCGUUGGCAAAGUCGACGAAAUCCUCGGCCCUUUGAACCAGGUCUACUUCACCAUCAAGCCCCAAGAGGGCAUACAAGCCAAGUCCUUCAAGGCCGGCGACAAGUUCUACAUUGGAGGCGACAAGCUGCUGCCUCUUGACAGGUUCCUUCCCAAGCCCAAGCCCGUUGGUGGUGUCACCAAGCCUAAGAGGCCUGCUGGCGCCGGUCGCGGAGCACCCCGUGGAGGCUCUCGCGGUUUUGGAGGUCGCGGCCGUGGAGCACCCCGAGGACGUGGUGGACCCCCUGGACGUGGAGGCAGCUUCGGUGGCCGUGGAGGAAGCGGAUUUGGCGGCCGCGGUGGCGGUGGUGGUGGUUUCUCAAGAGGUGGACGCGGUGGUGGACGUGGACGAGGAGGAUACUAA